AUGCUGUGUUUGACAAGUUUUCUUUUUAUGGGUUGUGCUUCUACAGCUCCACGGGAAUGUGAGGAGGACGAGUUCUCAUGUCAGAAUGGAUACUGCAUACGCAGCCUAUGGCACUGCGAUGGUGACAAUGACUGUGGAGACAACAGUGAUGAGCAGUGUGAUAUGAGAAAGUGUUCAGACAAAGAGUUCCGCUGCAGUGAUGGUAGCUGCAUAGCUGAACACUGGUUCUGUGAUGGUGAUACUGACUGCAAGGAUGGCUCUGAUGAAGAGAACUGCCCAUCAGAUGUUCCAGCAGCAACAUGUAGCCUGGAGGAAUUCCAGUGUGCCUACGGGCGUUGUAUCCUAGACAUUUACCACUGUGAUGGAGAUGACGACUGUGGGGAUUGGUCUGAUGAAUCUGAUUGUUCCUCUCACCAGCCUUGCCGCUCUGGAGAGUUCAUGUGCAACAGCGGCUUGUGCAUUAAUGCUGGCUGGAGAUGUGAUGGUGACUUUGACUGCGAUGACCAGUCGGAUGAGAAAAACUGCACUACCUCUAUGUGCACAGCAGACCAGUUCCGUUGUAAAUCUGGCCGCUGUGUCCGCCUGUCUUGGCGCUGUGACGGGGAGGGCGACUGCUCUGAUUACAGCGAUGAGGAAGACUGUGAGGACUCAGGAAUCCCACAAUGUUCCCCUGACCAAUUUCUGUGUAGAAACGGGCGCUGCAUUGGCCAACGGAAGCUGUGUAAUGGUGCCAACGACUGUGGGGAUGGCAGUGAUGAGAGCCCUGUCCAAAACUGCCGUCCUCGAACUGGAGAGGAAAACUGUAAUGUCAACAAUGGGGACUGUGCCCAGAAGUGCCAGAUGAUUCGUGGUAUAGUGCAGUGUACCUGCCACACGGGUUACAGGCUUCUGGAGGAUGGUAGAUCAUGUCACGAUGUGAAUGAAUGCGCAGAGGAAGGUUAUUGCAGUCAGGGAUGCACCAACAGUGAGGGUGGUUUCCAGUGCUGGUGUGAGCAGGGCUAUGAACUUCGCCCAGACAAGCGCAGCUGCAAAGCACUGGGGCCAGAACCUGUGCUGCUUUUUGCCAAUCGAAUUGAUAUCCGACAGGUCUUACCCCAUCGCUCAGAGUACACUUUGCUUCUGAACAACCUUGAAAAUGCUAUUGCACUGGAUUUCCACCAUAGCAGGGAAUUAGUAUUCUGGUCUGAUGUCACACUGGACCGCAUUAUGAGGGCCAAUCUGAAUGGUAGCAAUGUGGAAGAAGUAGUGUCUACAGGACUGGAGAGUCCAGGUGGGCUGGCCAUUGACUGGAUCCACGACAAGUUAUAUUGGACAGACUCUGGGACAUCUCGCAUUGAAGUGGCAAAUUUGGAUGGAACGCAUAGGAAGGUACUCCUUUGGAAGAACCUAGAAAAACCUCGUGCAAUUGCUCUUCAUCCCAUGGAGGGUACCAUCUACUGGACAGAUUGGGGAAAUACUCCUCGCAUUGAAUACUCUAACAUGGAUGGCUCCAAUCGGCGCACUAUUGCUGACACUCAUCUCUUUUGGCCAAAUGGGCUAACUAUUGACUAUGCAGGGCAUCGGAUGUACUGGGUAGAUGCCAAACAUCAUGUUAUUGAGAGGGCUGAUUUGGAUGGAAAGAACAGGAAGGCUGUUAUUAGUCAAGGCCUUCCACAUCCAUUUGCUAUCACUGUAUUUGAAGAUAGCUUGUACUGGACAGAUUGGCAUACCAAGAGUAUAAACAGUGCCAACAAAUUUACUGGAAAAAAUCAGGAGAUCAUCCGCAAUAAGCUUCACUUCCCAAUGGAUAUCCAUACUCUGCAUCCUCAACGCCAACCAGCAGGGAGAAAUCGCUGUGGAACCAACAAUGGUGGCUGCACUCAUCUGUGUUUACCAAAUAACAAGGGCUAUACCUGUGCCUGCCCCACAGGUUUUCGGAAGACUGGUGGCCAUACCUGUGCCCAGAGUCUUGACAAGUUCCUGCUUUUUGCCCGAAGGAUGGACAUCCGUCGUAUCAGCUUCGACACAGAAGACUUGUCUGAUGUCGUCAUCCCCUUGGCAGAUGUGCGCAGUGCUGUGGCUCUGGACUGGGAUGCACAGGGUGACUAUGUCUACUGGACAGAUGUUAGCACUGAUUCCAUUAGUCGGGCAAAAUGGAAUGGAACAGGCCAGGAGAUUGUGGCGGACAGCAGUCUUGAAAGCCCAGCUGGUCUUGCUGUUGAUUGGGUGACCAACAAGUUGUACUGGACAGAUGCAGGAACAGACCGGAUAGAGGUAUCUAACAUAGAUGGGACCAUGAGGACUGUUCUAAUAUGGGAAAAUUUAGACAGACCAAGAGAUAUUGUGGUGGACCCUGUUGGAGGGUUCAUGUACUGGACUGACUGGGGAGCUAACCCAAAGAUUGAGCGUGCAGGAAUGGAUGCCUCUAAUCGCUUGGUGAUCAUCUCUUCCAACCUGACCUGGCCCAACGGACUGGCUAUUGACUAUGAGUCUCAACGCCUAUACUGGGCAGAUGCUGGCAUGAAGACAAUUGAGUAUGCUGACCUGGAUGGCAGUGAUAGGAAGAUAUUGAUCGGGAGCAACUUGCCUCACCCAUUUGGGCUUACUCUGUAUGGAGCUCGGAUCUACUGGACAGACUGGCAGGCCAAAAGCAUCCAGAGUGCUGACAAAAAGACAGGGCAGGAUCGUGAGACUCUACAGGACAACCUAGAAAACCUUAUGGACAUCCAUGUCUUCCAUCGGCACAGACCUGCAGUACACACACCAUGCCAGUUUAAUAAUGGUGGAUGCAGUCAUCUUUGUCUCUUGGCUCCUCUUCCUAAAGGCUACAGCUGUUCUUGUCCUACUGGUAUCAACCUACAACCAGAUGGCAGAACAUGUUUAUCUGGAAUGACUAGCUUCCUGAUCUUUGCAAGAAGGUCAGACAUUCGUCUGGUUUCACUUGACAUCCCAUAUUUUGCUGAUGUAGUUGUCUCCGUCAAUGUUACCAUGAAAAAUACCAUUGCCAUUGGAGCUGAUCCUGAAGAAGGAAAGGUUUAUUGGUCAGACAGCACACUGAGGAAGAUCAGCAGAGCUUCCCUGGAUGGUUCUCAGUAUGAAGAUAUCAUUACUACAGGGUUGCAGACCACAGAUGGAUUAGCUGUGGAUGCUAUUGGCCGCAAGGUAUAUUGGACUGAUACAGGAACAAACAGAAUUGAAGUGGCUAACCUAGAUGGGACAAUGAGAAAAGUUUUGGUAUGGGAAAAUCUGGACAGCCCACGAGCAAUCGCAUUAUACCAUGAAAUGGGGUAUAUGUAUUGGACAGACUGGGGUGAGAAUGCUAAGCUGGAACGAGCAGGGAUGGAUGGCUCUAACCGCAUGGUGCUUAUUAACAACAACCUGGGAUGGCCUAAUGGUCUAGCUGUGGAUAAAGCUGGAUCACAACUAUUCUGGGCGGAUGCACAUACUGAGCGUAUUGAGGCUGCAGAUCUAAAUGGUGCAAACCGCCGCACCCUGCUCUCCCCAGUGCAGCACCCUUAUGGCCUAACUUUGUUGGAUUCUUACAUCUAUUGGACUGAUUGGCAAACAAGAAGCAUUCACAGAGCUGAUAAGAAAACUGGGGCUAAUGUCAUCUUGGUGAGAACAAAUCUGCCUGGAUUAAUGGACAUCCAGGCCAUUGACAGAGGGCGACUUCUUGGUGCUAAUAAAUGUGGCAUGAAAAAUGGUGGUUGCUCCGAUCUCUGCCUCCCAAGCCCUGAAGGCUUCUCAUGUGCCUGUCCUACUGGAAUUCAGCUGAAGAUUGAUGAGAGGUCUUGCGAUCCUUCUCCUGAAACCUACCUGCUCUUCUCUAGCCGGGGCUCCAUCAGGAGAAUCUCACUGGAUACUAGCGAUCACAUUGAUGUUUAUGUCCCUGUCCCAGAGCUGAACAAUGUUAUCUCCUUGGACUAUGACAGUGUAGAAAGCAAGGUUUACUACACAGAUGUCAUCUUAGAUGUCAUCAGGCGAGCAGAUCUAGAUGGCGGUAAUAUGGAAACUGUUAUUGGCCAAGGACUGAAGAGAACAGAUGGUUUAGCUGUGGACUGGGUAGCUCGAAAUCUAUAUUGGACAGAUACUGGCCACAACACAAUUGAAGCUUCAAGAUUGGAUGGAAGCUGCAGGAAAGUGCUGAUAAAUAACAGUCUGGAUGAACCACGGGCAAUUGCUGUCUUUCCUAGAAAAGGAUACCUCUUCUGGACUGACUGGGGACAUAUUGCUAAAAUUGAGCGUGCAAACCUGGAUGGUUCUGAACGAAAGAUAUUGAUCAAUACUGAUUUAGGCUGGCCCAAUGGACUGACCCUAGAUUAUGACAUCAGAAGGAUUUAUUGGGUAGAUGCUCACCUAGACCGCAUAGAGAGUGCUGAUCUUAAUGGGAAAUUACGCCAAGUGCUGAUCAGUCAAGUGUCACAUCCCUUUGCCUUGACACAGCAGGACAGAUGGUUAUAUUGGACAGACUGGCAAACAAAAUCUAUCCAGCGUGUGGACAAAUACUCUGGUCGCAAUAAGGAGACCGUGUUAGCCAACGUAGAAGGGCUUAUGGAUAUUAUUGUGGUUUCUCCUCAAAGGCAAACAGGCACAAGCAUUUGUGGAGUGAAUAAUGGAGGCUGUACCCAUCUCUGCUUUGCAAGGGCUUCCGACUUUGUUUGUGCAUGUCCCGAUGAACCAGAUGGACGGCCUUGCUCCAGGGUUCCCAACAUGGGGCCUCCAAAGCCUGAGACAACUCGUAAGACUUCUACUGACAGAUUUAGAACUCCAACAACCAAGCCCCAUAUUUCUGUGGAAACAAUAGAAGGAAACUGCUCUGAUAAGAAAGUUGGUCAAGGGUUGUGCAACCGAGCAAAUGAAGCAAUAUUGGCAACUGCAGGAGAAGGGCUACAUGUCAGUUACAUCACUGGAGGUCUUCUCAGUAUACUGAGUAUUCUGCUGCUGAUUGGUGCUGUGAUUAUAUACAGGCAUAACAAGUCCAAAUUCACAGAUCCUAAUCUGAGUAAUCUGACCUACAGUAACCCCUCUUACCGGACAUCUACUCAAGAAGUGAAGAUUGAAACAGUUCCCAAGCCAGCCAUAUAUAAUCAGCUCUGCUUUAAGAAGGAGACUGGUCCUGAUCAUAACUACACCAAGGACAAGAUCAAGAUUGUUGAAGGAAUAUGCCUCUUGUCCAAUGAUGAGUCUGAAUGGGAUGAUCUGAAACAGAUAAGAAGCUCUCGGGGAUGUAUUCUCCGCGACCAUGUCUGCAUGAAGACUGACACAGUCUCUAUCCAAGCCAGCUCUGGCUCAUUGGUUGACACUGAAACUGAGCAACUGUUGAAGGAGGAGCAGUCAGAAUGCAGCAGCAUCAAUGCAGCCACUACUCCUGAGCGUCGUGGCUCCCUUCCAGACACAGGCUGGAAGCACCAGCGCAAACCUUCAACAGAAAGUGAAGUCUAAAGCAUAUGCAGAGACUUGUCCCUCCUUCUCUGUCAUUGUUCACCUUGAUCAAAUAGGAUCCUGCCUUCUAUUCAACAAAAAAGCCAGAGACUAGUCUCUUGGUCGUAUAGUGUUCAGGGACUGCCUUUGGAGAGGCAUUUGAACUAGACUGUGCCUUUGUGGCAGAUGGAACACAACUAAGAGACCCUUUUCACUCACUGUUAGUUCAUGUUUAUUUAUACGUCCCUUUAUCCUAGGAGCCGUGGUAUCGAAUUCAGCAGCAGGGUUUGUUUUUUUUACUUGAACUGACACAGCUUUCAUCUGGGCUUGUGUAUAAGCUGGUCAAAGACUCUAAAUCUUCAGUGGCCAGGUUUCUGAACAUAGCCAUUCCUGAUACCUUUUCUCAGAGGGUAUUGGCACUAACUGGAUUUUGCAUUGUACUCCUUCUGUUUUAAGAGGAAAGGGUUAGGGCCAGUUGAACUGCCUGAAGUGAGCAAGGGGAUACAAGAGCAGGUCACUUUCAGAGAUUCUGUACAGGGAGUGCAAAUACAUCUAAAACCAACUUGCAGGGAAACAAACUAUCACCACCAUUUUUUCAAACUGGGAAACCAUUGCUGUGUCUGAUAUAGGAUGUGAGGAAUUUUAGGGGUAAAAUCUUAGUCUGUUGCUGGCAACAGUCAUUGGUCCUGUUACAUCCAUCAUAAUUCCCCCUACCCUUCCUAUAAUAUUGUUCUAAUUCUUGCAAAUAGAACUUACAUAUCUGUUUGCUAGAUAGACUUUUUUCAGUUUUCACUGGGCUUCCAUUUAGUUUUGAAUUGCAAGGAAAGUUCUGGUGCAAAGCUGUUCAAUCAUUCUUUAUUACCUAGUUCACAGGGCCAACUGAAAAUAUGUGCUGCGGAAAUAUGUGUGGAACACAAAGGCAGUCCAUUAGUUUUAAAUAUCUGGAACAAAAUUGGACUAGAGGUGUACUAAAAAUCAAGUUCCAAUUUGUUGUUGAAAAAUAGGGGACUUCUUCUAACUUUUUUUUGUCAGUGUUUUCUCUUUAGAAAUCCUGGAAGGAAUAAUAUACUUGCACCUUUUUUCUCAUAUCUACUGUAUUGGUUGAGCAGAGAAAAUGUGGUGUCAAAAAGUGGGUGUGUGCAAUUGAAAAAUAAUGUAUGUGGAUAGAAAAUAAUGCACAGUUAAGGUGACAGAUGGCACACUACAAAUAAUUUGCUUGUAUAAAAAUCCUUCCCCUUUAACUACGUCAAAGAUGCUAUUACUCUUUCUAUGGUAUAAAAAAGUCAAAAGCUGAGAAACUUCUAUUUCAAAACAUGCACUGUGGGUGGUGAUUUAUAGAACAAAUAAGGUUUUGCACAUUCAUUUGACAACACAGAAGUUCUACGGGAGUCCUAUCUAGAACUAUUAACUAUAUGAGGUAUUCUCUGGGAAAAUGUGAUAGAGUCUCUCAUUCCAGUCCUGCACCUGCUCUCCCAUAAUCAAUGAAAGAUGCAUGGACAUGGUUAUGUCCCUGUGACAUUACUCUUGAUGAAGAGCACAAAUUUCCUGUGCCCAAACCAUUUAGUCAUCUGACUGCUUUCUCAUGUAUAGUUCAAGCAGGAAGGCAGGCAAAAUUCAAAAUGGACUCAUAGACAGCAGCAAGAUAAGUUUUUACCUCCGUUCAAAACCAUUAUCUUAGAACUUUAUUACAUCAUUUCUACCAUGAAAAAACAUAGCUCUUUGUUCUUUUCCAAAUAUAUACUGCUAUCAGCAAGAUGACUUGACAAUUUCCCCAUCGGGCAUUGGAUAAAUCACCUAGAACAAUAAUGCAUGCAGACAAAUAUGUUUUCCUGAUCAUAUAUCAAAGGGAUCCUUUCAGUACAGAGCUUGGUCAUAGCAGCUGUAUAAUGGCAGCAAUGAGGGCUGCUGCUGUUUGUGUCCAGCUGUUCUAAGCAGUAUAUCCUUCCAUAGUACUUCCCAGUUCUAAGCAGCAAGAUCAGAUGGGAAUUUAUGAAGUCCAAUGUAUCUGGAGGGCAUGAAAUUGGGGAAAGUUUUUCAAUUGAGCUUUUGUUUCAGGCUCUUAUCUUUCAAGUCUGGCCAUUAUUGACCAUUGCUGUACCUUCUCUUUGAAUUCUGAAGAUCAUAGGGGCAGGAGAAGGGGAAACAGCCCUACCUGAGACAUUAUUUUCCAUCAGUAUCUAAGACUCUCCUCUUCAGAAAGAGAUGCUACUAAAAGUCAGAUAUGUAAAAGUGAUUAAAUUUUAUGAGCACUUGAACCCUAGAAUGUGGGAUUAAGUGCCCACAUGGCACUUAAAUAUGGCUUAAUGUGCAGAACACUGUUAACAUUGCUUCUAUUUUUGUAUUACAGUGUUUCUGAAAAGAAAGUUGACUGUCUUUGAUAGUCUGGUCAAAGGUCACUCAAUGUAUUGAACUGUACUUUCCAGGUGUAUCGCUCUACAAGUAGACCUUGCUUAAUGGCUGCCCUGUUUAGCGACCAUUCAAAGUUACAAGUGUGCUGAAAAAGUAAUUGUACAACCAGUCCUCGCAGUUAUGACUGUUGCAGUGUCCCCACGGUCUCAUGAUCAUCAUUCGGGCGCUUCACAACCAGUGGGUGUUUAUGACCAUCACAGUGUCCCACGGUCACUUGAUCGCCAUUUGCGUGCUUCAUGGCCAGCUUCCAAUAAGAGUCAAUGGAGAAGUGAAAUCACAAAUUGUGGUCUUGCUUAAUGACCUCUGGUGACUCGCUUAACAAUAAAAUGGGAAGCGAUGUUGUAAGUCUGUCACAGUCACAUAUUUCGCUUAGCAACUGCAUUGCUUAGCAACAGAAUUACCAGUCCCAAUUGUGGUCGCUAAGUGAGGACUACCUGUAUCUGCUAUACAUUCCUUCAGUCUAGAUUUGAAAAUCUGUUUGGUGGCUUUAUAAAUAUACAUUGGAAUAAUUAAGUAGGCCUUCCUCAAGGAGUACCUUUUUGAAAACAAAUUUUAUUAUGGUUAUUUUCUAAUUUCAUCAUGUAAAUCAAGGUAUACAACUUUUUCCAGGCCAACUGGCAUUUUAGUAAUAGACAAAAGGAUGCAAUCCAAAGAGUAGUGGAUAGGUCAGAAAAAGCUAAAUUUGAUCUCAUUUAAUUUACAUGUGGUUAAUAUUAGUCUCAUACCAUAUAUUUAACAAUGUAAUCAUCCUUUGACAGAAAUAACAGUUUCAGACAUUUCUAAUAGCUAGUUAAGAGUCUAUAUUUUUGCUUUUCAAAAAUUUCCCCACUCUUCCUUGCAGAAAUCUUCUAGGUCAAAAAUAUUCUUAAGUUACCUUGCAUAUACUGUACAUUUGAGAUCUUCCCACAGAUUUUCAAUAAUAUUCAAGUCUGGGGAUUGUGAAGACCAUUCCAAAACCUUUAUAAAGAUGUUAGAAAGUACUAAUUAAAAGGGAGUCCUGACUUUUGCAAUCUGCCAUAUACAGGUAGUCCUCAUUUAAUGACUGCUUCAAAUAGCGACCAUUUAGUUAUAAAGGUGAUGAAAAAGUAACUUUGCAACCAAUGCCUGCAUUUGCAAGCUUUGCAGCAUCUCUCUCUUUGUGUCAUGUUUGCCAGUACAGUAUCGCGUCGUCCUAUCCCUGACCCCUUUUUUUGUCCCUUUGCAGGGCAGAGAGAUUGCUUAAAGGAGUUACCUCUUCCUGAGCUGCUUUUCUCCACAGUACAGGGCUUCCCUAAAGUACUAACCACAACUUAUCAAGCUCAGCUCUGUGACCUUAAUUAGUUGAUAGAGCCAUCCAGCUAGCUGGUAGCUGCUGCCCAAAAUCGACAAGACCCUAAUCAAUUUCACACACUAAACACCAAAGGCUUUUGUUUGCCUCCUAAGCAGAUCCUGACUGGUAGCGCUAGUGCAUUCCUUUCAAUGUGUAUUCCCCGUUAUAUGCCUGCCUACUCUCUUAUAAUCCCUUCCUUUCCAAUGAAUGUGAAUACAAACAUCAAUUCUCUUUGCUAAUUAUUCCAGUGCUGGGGUGAGCAUUCCAAAGGACAGGGGAAUGGGGGAAAGGGGCUACAAGAUUUGUCCUUUUACCCGGCUUCCUCAUGAGUUGAAUUCUGGAAACCAUUUGGGAUGAUGAUGAUGAUGAUUUAUUAAAUGUAUAUGCUGCCCAACUCCCAUUGACUCUGGGUGGCUUACAAUCUUUAAAACAUUUAUAGAAUAGAAAAAAACCACCCACACAAAAACAGCAUAAGACAGAAGAACAGCAAUGGCAAAGAAAAUAAAAGGAAAAGGGAACCGAAGGAAGGAAGGGGGGGGGAUCAGUUAUACUCUCCAAAGGCCUGGGUGAAGAGCCAGUUCUUUAGGGCCCUUCGAAACACCAGCAGGGAGAUGUUAGAAUCUUGGGGGGAACUUCAUCCCAGAGGACAGGCGCUGCUACAGAGAAGGUGUACUUCCAGGACUCCAAUAGGUGGCAUUGUUUAAUUGAUGAAACCUGGAGCACGCCAAUCCUGCCAAAUUGAACCUGUUAGAUACUAUAGGAGAUAAUAUUCAUAUUUUUCUGAUGCUGUAAAGCAAAGGAAAGCUGAAGUAAAAUUGUAAGCACAGUCACAGUUGUGAUUUUUCAUUUACCAACCGCUUCGCUUAACAACCAAAUGCCGACCCCAAUUGCAGUCACUAAAUGAGGUCUACUUGUACAUUGUUUUCUUAGUUUGAAUCUGUAAACAACUGCAUAUAAAUAGUAAGUAUGAAUUCAAACUUGGAGAUAGAUACCAUGUUUAACUUUGUACCAUAUAGGAGUUGCAUCAGCUUUUGUUCACUUAGGAAUUCAUUGAAACCAGGUGUGUCUAAACUUAAGUCUUUCAUUAGUUACAUGCGGUUCUAGGGCAUGCCAAAAUCAAAUGCCAAACUGAUAUUCACAGCUUUUUCCUAUACAUAGAGGUAUCCCAUCCUGGAAAUUUCAGUGACCAAGGUCAUAAAUCAGCUACAAUGAUUUCCAUUACCUUAGUAGCCAUGGGAAAAAGGGUUGCUCCAUUACAGAAAUUCCUAUCAGCAAUGUCUGUGAAAAGGCCAAUUCAUACAAAUAUUGCCUUUCUAAAAUCAAGACACAUUUUUUGGGGAUGAGCUAUGAUAGCUUGCAUGUUAGGAAAACUAUGUGAAUCAGCUCUUAGAUAGUCUUCCUCACCCUGAUAACAUUCAGACAUUGAACUCUCAUACCCUCCUAACCAGAGUAUUUAUUGUAAACUGCCCAGAGUCCCUCCUUUGGGGGGUGGGAGAUGGGCAGUGGUAAAAUUUGACUGAUCAAUAAAUAAAUAACCAGCAUAAGACACUAGGUAGAGGGAGUAUAUAUUUUGUUUUACAAUUCCUUUUCCAUUUGCAAGUAUAUAUUUAAAAAUAUAGGUGAAAAUUUAGGUCCAUGUUAUUCUCAGAUAAACGGAUGAAAAAAUAGAUGCUGCACUUUCAGGAGACAGCUGGCAAGAUGCUUAUGCCCUGUACUUUUUCUCAUUCUCAUCUAUAAGGAUUCUCUUAUCCUCAUCUGUCUUACUUUUUUGGAUCUUGGUUAUGGAUUUAAAUGCGGAAGCAUUCAGAAGAAUAAUUUAAAGCCCUUAGUUACUGAUUUUCUGCAAAAUCUCCACUUACCAAAUGCAUUAAUAUUAUAGAAGAAAUAAUGGAGAUAGAAGCCAGUAUUAGGUCUAGUUCAGCUUUUCUUAAUCUGAUGUCCUCCAGAGAUGUUGAUACUACAGUUCCCAGAAAUUCCAGCCUGCGUAUCCAAAGCUGACAGUAAAUUUGGGGAGUUGUAGUCUCUGUGUAUUUAGAGACCAUUGGGAAUUUUCUGAAUUUUUCAUUAUAUGUAUCCUUCAUGGUUUCCAGUUGACUUUUUUUUCUUUCCAGAAAAUUUUCUUUCUUUGAUGUGUUAUUUACUUUGACUUGGGAUAUUUCAUUUAUAGCUAUGUUAUCCACUUUUGUCUGUACAUUUUGGAAAGAAAACAUUCCCCAUUGCCUCCCCAUAGAAGGCAAUGUGGAGAUGUUAUGCUAGCUAUAUUUCCCCCCAGUUAUGGAGGAGCUAUCUACUAAAUUGCCAAAACUUAGUUGAUGUGCAUUCCUAUUAAAAGUUGGUUAGGGUUCCAGCUGACUUUGUCAUGUUUAGGUUUUUCUCCUAUAUGCAGAAGGGAAAACAAUAUCUUAAUUAUAUUUUUAGUUGGUUCCAACCUUUGUGGCCAUUAAAACUUCCUUAAACUUGAGAUGAGGGAUGAGGAAUGCAAGUUGCAGCAAGGCAUGUAGCUUUGUAGCAGCAAAGAUGGCAAUAUCAAGGCCUUUUCAUUUGAUAGAAGAAAUUGCAAAAGAUGAAGCCACUUAGUGAGGGAUGAGAGGCUUUGGUGGUUUUGAGUGUAGGAAUUCAGUUGAUCAACAGAAAAAGUAAGUUUCACCAGAGGUCAAUUGUGUUUUCAUCCCAGCCACAUGUACCAAACUGCACUUGAACCUUCCUUCAUAGAUAAGGAUGCUUCCUAUUGCAUAUUAUUUUGAAAUGUAUGUGUUGACUGUGUCCUCAAAACCCUUUGCCUUACCCCUCCAUUUUACCCCAAACAGUAUCAGCAUGAUAGCAGGAAACUGAAGGAAUGGCACCAACUGUUCUAAUCUCACUUGUGAAACAAGCUGAGCUUCCCUUGUGCUAGCUGGCUUUAGCCCAGUGUUACCUAAUUCAUGGUUCUUUGCUUGCAUGUUAAAAGAAGCAAGUCUCAUUGCACUGGGACUUUAUAGAAUGUGGAAAGGCCAGGAGUGGGGAAUAAUUCUUGAGCACUGAUUUGCUAUGUAAAAAGCAAUUUUUCCUCCUAUAUGUCCUGAGCUAAUGAUAGUAAUUUCCCAGAAUUCAUGUGUAAUGGUUUUAACGUUACUUGCUGGAGAGAUGUCAUUUUUAUAGUUAUUUUACUGCUAUGUUCAAUAUCUUAGGGGAUUAUGAUUAAUAUAAAUCUAGGUUUUUAUAAUCACCUUGCUGUCCAUUUAAAUUGUGAAUUACACAUUAACCAAACCUGCCUCCCUAAACAAAUAAGACUCCACAAAGUCUCAGCUUCUCUGAAGAUGCAAGUGACUUGGGAGUAAUGUGAAGCCAGGGAGAUGAGAAUUCAUUUACACAUUUGAGAUUUAAUGUCAAAAAAUUCUAAAGCUUAAUUCAGUGAGGCUGAUAUUGCCUAGAUUCUGUUUUAAGACAAAUAUAGCAUAAAGACUUUUGCAUCUGUCAUGCUGAUAAUAUAAAAACUUAACGCAUUUUUAAACAGUGUACAUUUAUCUGUUUCCUGCUCCCUGUUAACAAACCUGUGGGCUAUGAAUGUUUUUACUUUAGAUCAGAGUGUCUUUAUUCUCAAUAUACCAUUUCGCAGAGCCGUGUCAUAAAAUCAAACCAAAUCAAAGUUUCUAAGAGUUUUACUAUAUAUCUAAAUAAGAUUGCAAUUAAUCUAAAACAUGAACUGAUUUGUUGUAACGUAAGAACUUACGUGGUAAUGAAAACAGGUACCUCAUUAAUGAAGGUUCUGUAAAAAUCA